AUGGAGUGUGUUAUGGUCCUCGUUUACUCGAUUGUUUUUAAUGCUUUUCUUCUUUUUUUCUGCCUUUGUUUAACUGCUGGACACACAGUGUCGUCUUCUCUCAGGAUUCUGGACAAGCGUCUGGACUGCAAGCAACAGGGUCUUGACCACUGCCACAUUAAUAACUGCUCAGACGAGCGCAGGGUCGUACCAAGACCGCUUGCUCCUAUUGGCCCAGAACUACUUACUGAGAAGGUGGGAGUCUGGAUGGACGAACACGGGCCAGUUUCUGUUGUUAAUGUGUCAUGGAAAAUAAAGGGAGAUGGAAGUAUAAACGCCCUUCGUGGAUCAGAGAUAAAUAUUCUGGAUGAAAGUACAAAUCAAAGUUUGUGUGUGCAGUUUUCUUACAACCUCAACAAACAGCAAAAUCCAAACUUCAGUGCGUGGACAUUUUCCUUGGAUGGAGUUGUGGUAGAGCCUGGGCAUACAUAUAUAGUGUCAGUUGUUAAUCUGCCAGAGCCUGACAUUGGACACUACAGGGUUAGAAAGCCAAUUACCAUCCCAGGAUGUGUUGACACGAGAAUCCAAAAGGCCCAAAUGUGUCGGGAAAACGGUAGCCUAUGGGAUCCUCACAUGAUCUCUGCUGUGUCUCUGAAUAAGGAACGUAAACAUUUUUCCAUUGUUUUGGAUUUUGAGGCAGCAAAGUAUUCAGAGAGAUACCAAGUCUCCCUCCAGAGUCGAGCUUUCCAUUUCUCAAAGAAUGUGUCAAAGGACAACAGAACAUCGCUGAACGUGACAUUUGAGUUUGGUUGGUGGCAGAUUCCACAAUGUGAAAUGUUGUUAAUGAUUCAGCCGUUUUUUGUUGGAUGCAAGAAUGACUGUCGGCGGUUCAAGAAACAUAUCGAUUUAUGCCCGUAUUAUCCACCACGGACUUUAAUCAUAAAGGCAACUGUGGGGCUGCUCUUUAUUGGUGGUCUUGCCUUUUUACCAUGGAGAGCCUCUCAGAAAGAUCCUGUGAACUCAUCCUCAUCUGUUGCCAAUCAACAACCAGAAAGUGUUCAAGUGCAAGAGAGAAGAAGAGUCCUCAUCAUCUACUCCCUCGACCAUCCUUUAUACAAAAACAUUGUCCUCAAGCUUUGUGCCUUCCUGGAGACCAAAUGUGGUACUGAAGUGUUCCUGGAUCUUCUGGAUUCUACCAGACUGGGAGUGUUGGGAAGCAUCCAGUGGUUGGACUGGCACAGAGGACAAAUAGAAAGAUCUUCAGAUAAGAUACUUAUCCUGUGCUCGAGAGGAGUACAAGCCAAAUGGAGAGCCAUGUGUGGUGACAAACAGGUUAUUCUGAGAGAGGACGCCCACUCACCUGUAGGUGACAUGCUCAGUCCAGCCCUCAGCCUCAUGGUCCCCCAUUUUAUCCGAUCUGUGUCGUUUGAAAAAUACAUUGUGGGCUAUUUUGAUGAUGUUUGUUGUGAAGAAGAUGUUCCUUCCCCCUUCAAUAUUACAGUACGAUACAAGCUGAUGAAACAGUUUGAGGAGCUCUUUUUCAGAAUCCUGGACACCGAGAAGCACACGCCCGGCAGAGUGAGUCACAUUGAAGGGUUUUCAGAGAACGAGUACUAUCACUGUCCCUCAGGCAGAGCCCUGCGGGAUGCCGUAGAGGCUUUUCAUGCAUACCAGCUGGAACAUCCACAGUGGUUUGAAGAUGAAUUACUGGAAAGCUCAAAGGCUUCACCUGAAAUCAGUGACGAUGCAAAAACAAGCACAAACCUUAUUACAUUGUACUCAACCUAAGUCACUGGUCAUGUAAAGACACAACAAAGUGAUUUCGCUUUAAACAAAACGGGACUUUACUCGGCUGAGGAGCUUCAAAGGUGCACCUCUGUUGAACUCAACCCUCUUAUUGCUGAGAACAAGCAGCCAGUUUGA